UUCAAAGUUGAAUUGUUUAAUUUUUAAUGCUAAGUGUUCAUAAGAUAAUUAUGAGAAGAAACGCAUUAUACGCGUUGAGAGCGUUCACCCAGCACUUAGCCGUUUUAAACUUUCCUAAUUCUCAAUUUAAAUCCGAUAUUGCCCUUAAGCUUAUGACAUGGAGAAUGGUGAUUGGUUGACUGCUUGCGGGAACUCAAGGCAUGAAAACGGUUACGGUAACCGCAGAGUACGAAUCUAGAUCACGUGGUCGGGACCCUUUACAAAGUACAAUUAACAUCUCGUGUCUAGCCUACUGAAGCAACGCCCAAAGUCACGUGCAAUGCAUGCCUUCUUCACACGUUCAGCGAUUCCCUUCGUUUGCUAAAUACACGCACAAGCUACACGCCUCGUCCGUGCCAAUCCAAAACACACACACACGCAAACACGCUCGGACGUUCACACACGAGCGAAACCCUAGCUCUCGCACGCAAACACACAAUCUCACACGCGCCUCCCCCCCUCUCUCUCCCCUUUGCCGGACCUGACCCGUACUAACCGGAAUACCUAAAAUUUCUCUGAUUUCUUUCCUAUUUGAGGCACCGGAGUCUUGCCGUGAAGUGAUGUGGGUCAAUGGGAUGUUUGCUGCUGUUCUGGGAAAGUCAGUGUUUUGAAGAGGUGAAAUAUGGAUCGUGGCUUCUUUGUGGAGAUGAGAGGUUAAAGAGCUUGUUUUUAUGAUUUAAGAAGGUGAAGCUUUUGCGUAAAGAUAAAUUAUUCACUCGAGAAAUUGAGACAAUAGUAUUGGAAACUGAUUUGGGAACGUAACUUUUGAGUUUGUGAUAUUCGUUUUUUUGCUGUUCGUUUUGUUAGAAAAAUUAGGAUUUAGUUGCUGAGAAAAUAAAAGGGGAAAAAUGAAGUAAAGAAGCUCGAGUGUUUCUUAAAAAUAUAAAAAUCUGAGAAAAAACAGACAUAGUGAGGCAAAAUGGUUGUUUCAGGGACAAUGACAUGGAGACUCUUUUGUCUUCAUGGUUUUAACAGUUAAAUACAGUGCAGAAGUUUCAAUUAGAAGCUCAAAGUUCGUUAGAACUGGAUAAGUGGCUUUGGUCUGAUUGUUUAGUGGACGUGAACGUAAUGCCUAUGGAAUCAGUACUUUUCAGAAUGUUCUAACUCAUAUAUUUUUCCACUGGAAAAUCUUAGCUGUUCAUAUUUGUGCAUACUUGAGUGGAAAUGGUGGCAUUUAUCUCAGAAAUAGUUUACUAUUGAGUAGUAGAGGAGUUUGGGAAGUGACAGAAAUAGAUGGUGGUUAUGGCAACAGACAUGCACAAAUUGAUAGGAACAAGUGAAGAAGAUGAUGAGGAGGAAAUGGAUAUGGAUGUUAAAGAGGAAGAUGAUGAUGUACAGAACAGAGAGAAGCAUAUUACCAUGCAAGUGAUGGCAGGAAUUGAUGGAGGGAUGGUAUCAAACAGUGGAAAUGAUCAGUUUCUACAUCAGCAGCAUAUUCAAGAACAAGUUAGCACCCCAGGAGGCGGGGGAGUAACUAGGAGGAGUAGACCACUUGAAGAAAAGGAGAGGACAAAACUUAGAGAGCGACAUAGAAGGGCAAUCACUGCAAGGAUCUUGGCAGGAUUAAGGAGGCAUGGGAACUAUAAUCUUAGGGUUAGAGCUGAUAUCAAUGACGUAAUUGCUGCUUUGGCCAGGGAAGCUGGCUGGGUUGUUCUACCAGAUGGAACCACCUUUCCUUCAAGAUCUCAGGGCUCUAGGCCUGCAGGUGGUACUUCUGCAGCAGCAACUACAUCUUCUUCCCAUCUGGUGUCACCACAGACUCCAUCUGCUUCCCUUAAGGGAGUCUCUCCUGGUUAUCGGACCUCAGUUGAGUACAAUCCAUGUCGAUUGAAAGGUGUUUUUGUUCCCACUCCAUCGGCUUAUGAUCUAUCCACAAGCACUCAGUCUCCAACUUCAGUAAUGAUUACGGAUGGAGGAGAACAGAGUGAGAAUCAUCAUCUAAUUGGUGGGUCUUUAGAUGCAAUCAGUGAAAAGCAGAUGACUGCCAUACCUCCGAAGUUGUCAGAGCGGGAUUUUGCUGGCACUGCAUUUGUGCCGGUUUAUGUAAUGCUACCAUUGGGUGUCAUAAAUAUGAAAUGUGAGCUUGCGGAUCCAGAUGGUUUGUUAAAGCAGUUGAGGGUAUUAAAAUCUUCUAAUGUUGAUGGUGUUAUUGUUGACUGCUGGUGGGGAAUAGUGGAGGCUCAUGCGCCUCAAGAGUAUAAUUGGAAUGGUUACAAGAGGCUUUUUCAGAUGGUCCGUGAGCUUAAACUUAAGUUAAAGGUUGUGAUGUCAUUUCAUGAAUGUGGAGGCAAUGUCGGUGAUGAUGUUUGUAUCCCUCUGCCACAUUGGGUUGCAGAAAUUGGUCGAAGUAAUCCUGACAUCUUUUUUACCGAUAGAGAGGGAAGACGCAACCCAGAAUGUCUAACUUGGGGAAUUGACAAAGAACGAGUAUUAAGAGGCCGAACUGCUCUUGAGGUAUACUUUGACUACAUGAGAAGCUUCCGGGUAGAAUUUGAUGAAUUCUUUGAGGAAGGUCUCAUCUCCAUGGUUGAAGUUGGACUUGGUCCAUGCGGAGAGUUGCGGUACCCAUCCUGUCCUGUAAAGCAUGGUUGGAGAUAUCCUGGUAUUGGUGAAUUUCAGUGUUACGAUCAGUACUUGCUAAAAAGCCUCAGGAAGACAGCAGAAGCAAGGGGACACCCAUUUUGGGCUCGAGGACCAGAAAAUGCUGGCUCCUAUAAUGCCCAGCCUCAUGAAACUGGUUUCUUUCAUGAUGGAGGGGAUUAUGAUGGCUACUAUGGCAGGUUCUUCCUUAAUUGGUAUUCUAGGGUUUUAGUUGAACACGGCGAUCGAGUGCUUUCUUUGGCAAAGUUGGCUUUUGAAGGCACUCAAAUUGCCGCAAAGCUGUCAGGUAUUCACUGGUGGUACAAGACAGCCAGUCAUGCUGCCGAAUUAACUGCUGGAUUCUACAAUUCAUGCAAUCGUGAUGGUUAUAAUGCAAUUGCCAUGAUGCUAAAGAAGCAUGGAGCUGCUUUAAACUUCUCGUGUUCUGAAGCACGGAUGUUAGACCAACCAGGGGACUUUGUGGAGGCACUUGGAGAUCCUGAUGGAUUACUGUGGCAAGUUCUGAAUGCUGCUUGGGAUGUAGACACACUGAUUGCUAGUGAGAAUGUCCUUCCUUGCCACGAUAGGGUUGGCUAUAACAAGAUUUUGGAUAAUGCCAAGCCAUUGAAUAAUCCAGAUGGAAGGCAUUUUUUGUCUUUUACAUACCUUAGGCUCAGCCCACUUCUCAUGGAGAGACAGAACUUCAUGGAAUUUGAACGCUUUGUCAAGAGAAUGCAUGGGGAAGCAGUUAUUGAUCUCCAGGUAUAGCAGCAAGGAGUCCAUUCAAAUUGUGCAUUUGUUGCUUCCAGCACAAUAGCUGGGGUACGAUGUCGGUAAGUAGUAGCGGUAGUAGUAGUAAUAGUAUUAUUUAAUGCAACUCGAUUCAAUGCAGUCCUGAAAUGGCCGGGAUCGACAACAAUCCUGCAGUCUCCCAUCAGUCUUAAUUCUUAAGUUACACCUCUGUAAAUGAAAUUACAAACUCACAGCAGAUAGGCUUCCUAGAUGUAAGUUUCUUGAUAUGCUUGUUUAUUAACGUAGGUAAAGCUUUUAGGCAGUAAAAUGAUCUUAUUAUUUAUUUAUGUACAAUUCAGAAAUUUGAGAUCAUCAAUGAGAGGGAAAGUUACUAGUUUUUCCCGCA